AGUCCCUGUUCUAAUUGGCCUAGGCCGCCGAUUUCUCUUACACAAACAACAACCUUACCUCUCUCGUUCCCUUGUGGGUACUCAAAAACGAUUAGAAAGCGAGACUUUCCUUCCUUCAUAAUACUUUGAACAUUGUUUUUGUUAGGUCUGACAUAUUGAUCAUUUUCUCGUUUCGAGGAGCUUUUCUUGCGUAAAGAAGUCAUCUCUCCCACACUUUUUUCUUAUCAGCACGAGUAAAAAAAUCCACAAACUAAUAUCUCUCUCGUCUGGUCAAAUAUUCAGAAUUACUUGGAAGGAAAGCCACCAGGUUCACGCUCUGGGCUCGCAAUCUGAAUAACAGAAAGAAAAUGAAGGUCUUCAUCAAGCUGACCGGCCAAUAUGGCCUCAUGGUGUCGGGUCUGAAGCUUUCUGUCAAGGAUGCGGUCAAAACUUUAUGGUUAGAUUCUUUCCAUCGUCUUCGUUUCCGUCAUCUCAGUUUCCCUCAAACAAGAAUGAAACGGGAAGACGUUUUCUCCCGAUAUGUACAACUUGCUUUUAGUUCGCUUGAGCAUGGAAUUGAAAAAGAUAAGAAGGAGGGCAGAUUCUCAACGAGUCCGAGGCUCUGCACUCAAUUAGACUUGAUUCACUCCCAACAUUAUUGUAGUUUACCUAGCUAGGAAGAACGAACUGAGACGGAGGAUCUGGGAAGAUGGCUGUUAAGUGCGCUGACUGGUCUAAUCAUUGCGAAUAAAGAAGAGUCGUCGUCUCUCGUGCAAGUUGGCAACACUGGUUGUUGCGGAAGUUCAAAGUCGGACGAGAAAGAGCCUGCGUCCGCUGCGGGCUCGGCGACGCGCACUCCCGCCGUUUCCCCUGAAGGAGGUGGAGCGGGACGUGCUGAAGGGAUUUUCAGUGGUGCAACAC